AUUGCAUUGACCUUGCUAAGCUUGCCCAGCUUCAAAAGCCUUUAUCGAUCAAUGGAUAGCAAACGUCGGCUUCCCUUCAAUUAUCGCCACAGAAUGCGAAUGAUGUUAUCCAUGAAAAAAACUCACUAAGUUCUACACAUUCUUCCGUAAAAUAUAUUCGUGUAAAUACAUUGUCUGGUAUCGGAACGUUUCAUUCAAACUGUCAAACUAGUUCAUCUUUGGAUUAUAAUAACAGACAACAACAAAAAAAUGCAAACAAUUCAUAAAGUGGAUGGAUUUACUGAAAUCUAUUUCAUGGUUGAUAAAAGAAAAAAAGGUUGGAUUACUAUGCCAGAGUUACGAAAGUAUAUGGAAGAGAAUGAUGUGGAUGAAAAGAUGUUUGAGCGUUGGAAAACUCUAUUUGAUCCUGAAUCUACUGGUCGUAUAACAUUGGAAAAAUUCUCUGAAGUAUUAGGUUUACAAGAAGAAGUUAUAAAUAUUCAAACUGCUAUUCAAGGAAAUGAAAUGCACGAUGUAAAUGUUAUACAAUCAGAUAUGAAUACAAAAAUGAAAUUGACUAUUUGUGGACUAAUUGAUGAAGGGAUAUUGAUUUAUCAUGAUGACUUGAAAUUAGUUGAGUUCUUGAAAGAUGAAUUGGAUAAGUAUUUUGGAAAGUUAUGGAAUGUAAUCAUCAUCUAUGGUCGAUAUUGGUCACGUUAUUGUCAUGAAACAGGUUAUAAUUUUUGUUUUAUCAAAGACGACCGUAUAUUCCUAGUAUACAAGAUUCCGGAUAUAUAA